GCGGCCGCUCGCCCACGCUUCUUCCGGCUUCCCCAGCCUCGCGGCGGAUUCGUCGCGAUCGGCCCGCGGGACCGGCCUCGCAGGCUCGAAAAAUUCAGCAGCAGCUCUGCCAGCGCGCGGGGAGCUCGUGCUCCGCGCUCUCAGUCUCUAGUCCGCGAACCGCUUGCGGAACUGGGCCUCGGCGACCGUGGCGAAUCGGCGCGGCGCGGCAGCGGCGGGGCGGGCCUUGAGCACACCCUGGAGACUCCGAGAUCGAGCGGGUGCGCGCUUCCCCGAGACACCCUCCCGCCCCGGAGGCCCGUGCGCUCCCCGAGACCCGGGCCCACCCUGAGACCCCCCCCCCCGUCCGUCCCCAGGCCCGUGCGCGCCCCGACACCCCGUCUACCCUUAAGACCCUCGCCCACCCCGAGAUCCCCUCCCGCCCCGGAGACCCAUGCGCUCCCCGAGACUGCCCCCCCCCCCGCUUCGGGGACCCCUGCUCGCCGCGCCGUGACUUGGGCGCCGUGACGUGGGCUCCCGGCACAGCUGUGAAGGGGGGUGUGGUACUGGCGGGUCGCUGGCGUGUUAGCUGGCCACCGGAGCCCGCUUAGACCCGGCUGGGUGAGGAGGCCCUAGGCUCUUGGGGACCCUCCCUGGUCCCCUGAGGCAGGCUCAUCUAGGGCUGGGUCACCUGUGAUGGAUAGGUGCCUGCGUAAUGGCACUCAAUGCUGCAGGGGCUCCUGACCCGAAAUACUACCUACAGAUGGGCUGGUUUCUGGGAAAGAAGGCGGUUUGGCAGACGGACAGUCUGUUAGACGGACGGUCAGGCAGUUAGAAAUGCUGCAACGCAGGUAGCCCAGGAUCUCAAGCUCAGCACUGUUAGCAUUUGGGUUUGGAUCACCCUCUGUCGUGGGUGUUGUCCUGCACACGUGGGCUGUGAAACCAGCAUCCCCGGCGUCUGCCACCCGCUCACGAGAUGCCAACAGCACCCCCACUUGUGGCCCUGGGGCACAGUGACCCUACUGUAGAGGGCAUCAUGGAGGCCCCAGCUAUGAAACAGACUCUUGGAUGGACCCAGCGCUCUCUGCAGUCCGGCUGACCGUGCGGGAAGCGAUUCACACCCUUUCCUCUUGCGAGGAUGGCGGCCGCGUCCUCUCCACCUUGGGGUCCCUGAGGCGGUAUCUCAGCGGAGCGGAGAACCCAGCCCUUCCCGGGGAGCAGGAGGAGUUCGCCAGGGUGCACUUUUCCGCCCUCCUCAGGUGUCUAGUGGGCAGGCUGAGCCCAGGCUGGCUGGGGCUUCUGCCCGACGGCCAGGUGGAGGAGCUGUGGGCCAGCUUCUUCCUGGAGGGCCCGGCUGACCAGGCCUUCCUGGUGCUGAUGGAGUCCAUCGAGGGUGCCGCCGGCCCGAGUUCCCGUCUGAUGAAGGUGGCACAGCUGCUGGCCAGGUUCCUGAGCGCGGGCAGGAUGGCCGCUGUGAUGGAGGGCCAGUGUCGCCAGGUGACGGAGCCGGCCUCCCCGCUGCUCCAGGAGACGCUCCUCGCCAAGGUGGUGGGCUUGCCCGACUGCCUGGGCAACCGUCUGCAGCGGGAGAACCUGGACGCGUUCCUCCCCCAGAAUUACUUCCCUCUGCUCGGCGAGGAGAUGAUGCGGGCGCUGCAGGCGGUGGUGGACUCCCUCCGAGGUGGCUGGGACUGCUCCGUCUCCUUCCUGUCGCAGGUGCUCGGGAAAGCCUGUGUCCGCGGGAGGCAGAAGGAGAUGCUGGGCGUGCUGGUGCCGCGGCUGACGGCGCUCACCCAGGGCAGCUGCCUCUGGCAGCGGGUCUGCUGGCGCCUGGUGGAGCGUGUGCCCGACCGGGCCAUGGAGGCGCUGCUGACGGGACUGGUGGAGGUCGCCGCGGGGCCUGAAGUCCUCUCACGGCUGCUGGGGAACCUGGUGAUGAAAAAUAAGAAGGCCCAGUUCGUGAUGACCCGGAAACUUCUGUUCCUACAGUACCAGUACUCGACGCCCAUGCUGCAGAGCCUGCUGGGGUACCUGGCCACAGACAGCCAACGGCGCCCGCUCCUCGUACAGGCACUGAAGGGGCUCCUGGAGACGUGGGGCAGCUGCAGUGCCGUCCGCCACGCGCCUCUGGCACAGCAGCGCUACAUUAGCAAGGCCGUCCUCAUCUGCUUGGCGCUCCUGGGUGAGGCGGAGCUCCAGGACAGCCGAGACGAGCUGCUGACUAGCCUGAUGGCGGGGGUGAAGAGUCGCCUGGACAGCAGCCUGCCCGUUGUGCGCCGUCUGGGCAUGAUCGUGGCCGAGGUGGCCAGCACCCGGCUCCACCCUGAGGGGCCACCCCUAAAGUUCCAGUAUGAGGAAGAUGAGCUGAGCCGUGAGAUGCUGGCCCUGGCAGCCCCCUGGCCUGCGGCCGACAGCCCUUUGGAGGCGAGCCCUGUCGUCACUCCAGAGGCUGCAGAGACCCCCGGCAGAGGGAGCGUGGACGGUGGCGUCCCCCAGGCCCUGCCGGAAGGCUCAGGAUCUGACCUGGACAGUGACGAUGAGCUUGUCCCCUAUGACAUGUCGGGGGACCAAGAGCUAAAGAGGAGCAAGGCGCCCACCUACGUUCGGGACUGCGUGGAAGCCCUGACCUCGUCCGAGGAUUGGGAGCGCUGGGAGGCGGCCCUGCGGGCCCUCGAGGCGUUGGUCAUCAGGAACCCGGCGGCUGCACGCGAGGUGAGUGUGGAGCUGGCCAAGGUGCUGCUGCACCUGGAGGAGAAGACGAGCGUGGAGGGCUUUGAGGGGCUGCGCCAGAGAGCCCUUGUGGCCGUCGUGGUCACAGACCCGGCCCCGGUAGCAGAGUACCUGACCUCGCAAUUCUACGCCCUCAACUUCAGCCUCCGACAGCGCAUGGACAUUCUGGAUGUCCUGACUCUGGCCGCCCAGGAGCUGUCUCGGCCUGGCCGCGCGCCCAAGGACCCCCAGUGCGACCCCCAGGGCCCCGCCCCCCCGCCCGGCAGCGCCGUGGCUCCUGCCUGGCGCGCGGUCGUGGAGGAGCGGAUCAGAAACAAGACCCGGCGGUUCUCGCAGGGCUCUGCCAGGCGGGGACGGGACGCUGGUGCCAACCAGUUCAGCUUGGUGGCUGGCUACUUCUUCUUCCCCCUCAUUCAGCACUUUGACAGACCGCUGGUGACCUUUGACCUUUUGGGAGAAGACCAGCUGGUUCUCGGGAGAUUGGCCCACACCUUGGGGGCCCUGAUGUACCUGGCUGUGAACACCACGGUGGCUGUGACCAUGGGCAAGGCCCUCCUGGAGUUCGUGUGGACCCUUCGCUUCCACAGCGACGCCUACGUGCGCCGGGGCCUGCUGUCCGCGGUCUCCUCCGUCCUCCUCAGUGUUCCGGCCGAGCGACUGCUGGCAGACCUGCCAGACGAGCUGCUGGAAACCCGAUCCUGGCUGGCGGAUGUGGCUGACCGGGACGCAGACGAGGACUGCAGGAUGCUGGCUGUGAAAGCCCUGCUGCUUCUGGAGAAACUCAGAGACCGACUGCUCCCCCUCGCUUCUCCUUAGUCCUCACUGGAGAGGGAGGCCCGCCCCGCCAGCAGCCUGCGGGAGGGCCUCUGGCCCUGCGUCCACAGACAGGGCCACCUGAACAUGGCAGGAGGGGGGGGGGGGGUCCCGAGGAGGGAGGGAGCCGCUGGGGCCCCUAUGGGCUGAUUCUCAGCCUGUCCCCAAGCCCGUUCCUCACCUGAACGCAGACUUUAAAAAGCAACAAAGUGGAAGAAUAAAAAGGAGCCAGAGGUGUUCAAACCCA